AUGGCUUAUUCUACAGGUAGAGGAGGUGCUGGUAAUAUACAUCAUUCAAAAAAUAAAACUUCAGAAAAUAACAUAAUAUCUCCACAAUCUUCAUCAAAAUUAGUAUCACCUCAAAAUUCCAACCAAGACGAUGAUGAUCAUCAUCAUAAUCAUCAUAAUCAUCCUAAUAGCAACAGUCAAUUACACAAAGUAACAUCAAAUGGUGCUAAUAAAAGAGUAUAUUAUUCUACUGGUAGAGGUGGAGCAGGUAAUAUUCAAGCAUCAGAUCAAAUUCCAAGUCCAAAAUUAGCACCGCAAGGGUCAAAUACUCCUCAUUUAACAACUUCAAAAGUAUCGACAGGACGAGGUGGUUAUGGAAAUAUGAUAAAUAAUGAUGAUCCAGAAUUGACAAGAAAAUUACAAGAUGUUGAUGGUAAAGAUUUAUAUCCUGUUAAUUCGAGUAAAAGUUUUAGCGUUGGACGAGGGGGUUUUGGUAAUGUUAUUUCAAAUUCAAAACUGAUUGAAAGUAAUAAUGAUAAUGAACAUCAUCAUCAACAACAACAACAACAACCAAAUUUAUAUACAAUUUCAUCACAUUCUGAUAAGAAAAAGAAGAAUGGAAUACUUUAUAAAAUUAAAGAAAUAUUUAAAUAA